UGUCACUCUUAUUUCCUGUUAUGGAAGUUAUGGUUUUAUGAAGCAGCACUCAGUAUGAAAGAGAUUUAGAUUUGCUCAGUAGUCAUGAUGGCAACUCUGACUAUAACCUUGUACCUUACGGUUGUUCUGGCUGCCUACCAAGAUGUAGUAGCAGACUCUAAGAAGGAGCAGAAGAAUAAAGGGAAAUCCCUUAUUAUGGAAUGCAAAACAACAGACGGGCAAAAAGAUAAUUUCAAACUUUUUGCAAAUGUUCCAAGCAAGCACAUAGUGGUGGUCUAUGACAAACAGACUAACAACUAUACAAUCAGUAAAGAAUACAAAGAAAGAGUGACUAUCAAGGGCCCCUUUGACAAAAUAACUAUGGAGCUUAAGGACCUGCAGCUGGGGGACUCUGGACUGUAUGUGGGUCAGUACAGCAAUUUCAAUUUGCAAAAAAAUGUAGAAGAAGAAGAAGAAGUCUGCGCCAUUCUCUUGCAUGUGAAUGAAGAAAAGAUCGCACCCACUGAAAAAGUAACUGGUAAAGAUUCAUCUGUCUUGUCAGAGGCACAGAUCCUGAUCUUUGCCCUCACUGCAUGCACUCUGGUUAUUGUCUUUGGCCUGAUGAUGUGGGUGUGUUUACCCAAGGUGAAGGCCCGGUGUAAGAGUGAAGAAGAUGGGUCCCCAAGAGAAUAUAAUCCAGUCUAUGAGGAUAUGCACCGUGUUCGAAAAUAAAUAGGAUACAAACAAACAAACAAACAAACAAACAUAAAAAUAAAGAACUAACAUAUAUACAUGUAUAUUUUUUUACUGUUGUAUUUGUAAUCAUUUAUAGUAUUUUAAGAUAAAUAAAAUAAUACUGUACUGUACAGUCUAAA